UAUCAAGAAACACAUACACAACAGCGUAACGCAACAAGUAACAACCUAGUAUAGAAACCUACUUCUCGUCGACCAUGACCGUCGAAUCUCUUGUCUCGCCGUUAACUCUGACCCCUCUUGCCGGCGACAAUGACGCCGGAGCCCUCCGGUUGAUCGAAGAAUUGACCAGGAACGCGGACUCCGUGCAGGAGAAGGUUCUGGCGGAAAUACUUAGCCGGAACGGCGAAACGGAGUACCUCCGGCAAUUCAAGCUGGGCGGUUCUACGGACAGGGAAAAGUUCAAGUCAACGGUUCCUGUGGUCGGAUACGAUGAUCUGGAACCGUACAUCCGACGUAUUGCCAACGGGGAUUUCUCUCCUAUUCUCUCAUCCCACCCUAUCUCCGAGUUCUUCACUAGUUCUGGGACAUCUGCCGGAGAAAGAAAGUUGAUGCCUACUAUUGAUGAGGAAAUGAACCGCAGGCAGAUGUUGUACAAUCUUCUCAUGCCUGUGAUGAAUCUGUAUGUGCCCGGGCUUGACAAAGGGAAGGCGCUGUACUUCCUAUUUACUAAGGUAGGAACCAAGACUCGCGGAGGAUUACUUGCACGUCCGGUCUUGACAAGUUACUACAACAGCGACCAAUUCAAGAACAAGCCGCACAAUCCCUACACGGAUUGCACAAGUCCUAUAGAAGCCAUCCUAUGUGUGGAUUCAUUCCAAAGCAUGUAUGCUCAAAUGCUUUGCGGCUUGCUAAUGCGUGACCAUGUGCUUCGUGUGGGCGCGGUCUUCGCUUCUGGCCUCCUUCGAGCCAUCCGCUUUCUCCAGGUCUAUUGGAGAGAACUAGCCCAUGAUAUCUCAUCGGGGACGUUAAGCUCCGAAAUCACUGACCUUUCCAUCAGAAAUAGCAUCAACAAGAUCCUUAGGCCAAAUGCGGUGCUUGCUCGGCUCAUCAUCAAGGAGUGUCAGGGUGAGAACUGGGAAGGCAUUAUCAAACGGAUUUGGCCCAACACCAAAUAUCUUGAGGUGGUCGUCACAGGCGCAAUGGCUCAAUAUAUCCAUACUCUUGAUUAUUAUAGCGGCGGAUUGCCGAAGGCUUCUGUCAUGUAUGCCUCAUCUGAAUGUUACUUUGGCCUCAAUCUGAAUCCCAUGUGUGAGCCUGCUGAUGUUUCAUACACCAUCAUGCCCAACAUGGGAUAUUUUGAGUUCCUUCCACAUGACUCAUUAGACCCCUUGCAUGUAGCACGGGGUCAACACCCCCAUCUGGUUGACUUGGUUGACGUUCAACUGGGGAAAGAAUAUGAGCUCGUGAUCACCACCUAUAGUGGAUUGUGUCGUUAUCGGGUAGGAGACAUACUUCAGGUCUCGGGUUUUCACAACUCGGCGCCAAUGUUCAAAUUUGUGAGGAGAAAGAAUGUGUUACUCAGCAUUGAUUCUGACAAGACAGACGAAGCAGAGCUGCAAGGCGCUAUAAAUAAUGCCACAUCUCUCUUGCACGAAUACGAGACGAGGCUUGUCGAGUACACUAGCUAUGCACAUACCAAUGACAUCCCGGGUCACUAUGUGGUUUAUUGGGAAUUGGAGAGCAAAGACCUCUCCAAGUACCCAAAGGACGAUGUUUUGAACAAGUGCUGCCUCAUGAUGGAGGAGUCGAUGAAUACAGUGUAUAGACAGUGUAGAGUGGCAGAUAACUCAAUAGGACCGCUUGAAAUAAAGGUGGUGAAAUCGGGAACAUUUGAAGAGGUAAUGGACUUGGCCAUAUCAAGGGGAGCUUCGAUCAACCAAUACAAGACUCCUAGGUGCGUCAAUGUGAUGCCCAUAGUUGAGCUUCUCAACUCAAGGGUGGUGUCAACUCAUUUCAGUCCAUCUCCUCCACACUGGACCCCCGAACGUCGGAUAUGAAUGGGUCCUGUUAUUUUCCAAGAGAUGUUAGGUUUUCUUGUGUUUUGGGAAAUCACCCUACAUGUAAUGCAUAGAAAUAAAAACCAAUAUACUACAUAAAACUUGGGUUACUAUCACGUUCUUAAUA